AGCAGAGUGCUGGAGGAAUCAGUAGCAGUGUCUCAGAUACAUCAUGGCUGACAAGGAGCAGAAAGUCCAGUACUACACCCUGGAAGAGAUACAGAAACCCAAUCAUAGUUAUAUCACCUGGAUUAUCCUCCACUUCAAAGUGUACAAUGUCACCAAGUUCCUGGAGGAGCAUCCAGGUGGAGAAGAGGUGCUACAAGAACAAGCUGGAGGGGAUGCAACAGAGACCUUUGAAGACAUUGGUCAUUCCACAGAUGCCAGGAAUAUGUCAAAAGAGUUUAUUAUAGGAGAACUUCAUCCAGCUGACCGAUCCAAAAUUCAAAAGCCUACAGAAACCUUUAUUACUACUAAUGAAUCAGAAUCCAGUUGGUGGAGUAACUGGAUCAUUCCCGGCAUAUCAGCUGCUAUUUUUGCCUUAGGCCCCUCUAAGUCUUGGAUAGCAGUCCUCAUUCUUGGAAAAUGUGCUCUCUUAAAAGGUAUCCAUAUAGACUAUAGAGUAAUUGGAUCUAAGGUCCCCGAACCAAAGAGCCAAGAAAAGAAGAGGGGGCCAAUAGGACUAUCCAUAUAG